AGUGCGGGGCGGAGGACACAUGCUUGCUGACCCUGUGCACUCAGGUAGAGGCGGUGGCUCCGGGUCCCGAAGGUCCAGUGGGCAGCUCCCCAGAUGUGGAGAUUGGCACUUGAAGAAGGGAGGUUGCUGUCCAAGAGUCCUGUGGCCAGUCCGUGGGGGAGCCGGGUCUAGAACCCACGUCUCCAGGUGCACCUCCCCUCCGGCAACUGCUAGGCAUCUGUGAAGGCGCUCCGAGGGCGACUCCCCCACCAGCCAUGAACUACAUGGGGCAGCUGGCGGAGACGGUGUUUGGGACGGUGAAGGAGCUCUACUGGGGCCUGAACCCGGCCACGCUGAGUGGUGGCAUUGACGUGCUGGUGGUGAAGCAGGCGGACGGCUCCUUCCGGUGCUCGCCCUUCCACGUGCGCUUUGGCAAGCUGGGCGUCCUGCGGUCACGGGAGAAGGUGGUAGACAUCGAGGUCAACGGCGAGCCGGUGGACUUGCACAUGAAGCUGGGGGACAACGGGGAGGCCUUCUUCAUCCAGGAGCUGCAGAGCGAUGAGGAACACGUGCCUCCCCCCCUGUGCACAUCACCCCUCCCUUGGGGGGGCCUGUCCGGGUUCCCCUUGGACUCGCAGCUGGGCACAGCCAGUGAGCCUGAGCCCGUCAUGAUGGGCAUGGCCUCCACGGGGAGAAAGAAGAGGCGUCGCAGGAGGAAAUCCAGGCGGAAGGAGGACGUGGUGGCAGUUGGUUCUAGUUCUGAGGAGCGGGAGGCAGGUGACGAGAGUGAGCUGUCCCUGCUGGAAAAGCCAAGGCCGGAGACCCCAGGCAGCGUCCAGUCGGAAGGGGAGUCCUUGCCGCAGCCCAAAGAUAUCUACGCCUUCUCCGAUAGCGAGUGGCCACCCCAGGCCAGCUUCUCAUUGGGUGGACUAACAUCCCCUAAGAGUGACUCGGAGCUGGAGCUGCGGACCCCUGAGCCCAGCCCCCUGAGAGCUGAAUCCCAUAUGCAGUGGGCCUGGGGGAGGCUGCCUAAGGUAACCAAAGCUGAGUGGCCCAAGGUCCCUGAUGGCAGCACCUGGGCAGCCUCUCCUCCUCAGGGAGAGCCCAGCACCCCAUCUGUCUCUGUGGCUGGCGUCGACCCUUUGGGAUCCCCAGUUCUGCAAACAGGGGCUGGCACUGACCUUCUUCAACUGGACACAGAGGCACCCGCUCUGGUGGGUCCCUCUCUCCCUGCCCCCGAGAGAGAGGAAAACAAGACUCAGAGGUCUGGGGAUGCCAGCCUCCUUUCUACCUCUAAAUCACAGAGCUGGGCCGCUCUGGAGGGCCCAGUUCCCACCGGGCAGCCACAGGGAGUCUCCAAGAGGAAAGGCUCCCUGAAGAGAAGCCAGCACCUGGGUCCCAGUGACAUCUACCUGGAUGACUUGCCCUCCCUGGAUUCUGAGAAUGCAGCCCUUUAUUUCCCCCACAGUGACUGUGGGCUUGGGACCAGGACGUGGAGUGAACCAAGCAGCCAGAAGCCCCUGGGGGACCUCAACCCUGAGCAGGAGCCAGAACCCACUCCAGACACAGUGGACACGAUAGUGCUGUCCCUCUGUGGUGGACUGGCUGACAGCCGGGACAUCUCCCUGGAGAAGUUCAACCAGCACAUCGUCUCCUACCAGGACCUCACCCAAAACCCUGGGCUCCUGGACGACCCGAAUCUGGUGGUGAAAAUCAAUGAGAAGCAUUAUAACUGGGCUGUAGCUGCCCCCAUGAUACUCUCCCUGCAAGCCUUCCAGAAGAACUUGCCCAAGAGCACCAUGGACAAGCUGGAGAAGGAGAAGAUGCCCCGGAAGGGAGGGCGGUGGUGGUUUUCCUGGCGACGCAGGGACUUCCCAGCUGAGGAGCGCAGUGCCCAGAGGGAGGAACCCACAGCCAGGGAGCGGCCAGGGGAGAAGACUGAUGUCCUGAGCAGCGAGGAUGACGCCCCAGACAGCCCUGUGAUCUUAGAGGCCCCCUCCCCGCCACCCUUGCCUCCAGCCUACACUCCUACCUACAAGAAGUCUCUCCGCCUUUCCUCUCAUCAGAUCCGUUGCCUGAACCUGCAAGAAGGAGCCAACGAUGUGGUCUUCAGCGUGACCACCCAGUACCAGGGCACCUGCCGCUGCAAGGCCACCAUCUACCUGUGGAGAUGGGACGACAAGGUGGUCAUCUCGGACAUUGAUGGCACCAUUACCAAGUCAGACGCUCUGGGCCACAUUCUGCCCCAGCUGGGGAAAGACUGGACGCACCAGGGCAUCACCAGUCUCUACCACAAAAUCCACCUAAAUGGGUACAAGUUCCUGUACUGCUCAGCGAGGGCCAUUGGCAUGGCUGACCUCACCAAGGGGUACCUGCGGUGGGUGAGCGAGCGGGGCUGCGGCCUCCCCAAGGGCCCCAUCCUGCUGUCUCCCAGCAGCCUCUUCUCCGCCCUCCACAGGGAGGUGAUUGAGAAGAAGCCAGAGGUGUUCAAGAUCGCCUGCCUGAGUGACAUUCGGCAGCUCUUUCUGCCCCACGGACAGCCCUUCUAUGCCGCCUUUGGGAACAGGCCUAACGAUGUCACUGCCUACCGGCAGGUGGGUCUACCUGAAUCUCGCAUCUUCACAGUCAACCCCCGGGGAGAGCUCAUCCAGGAGCUCAUAAAGAACCACAAGUCCACGUACGAGCGGCUUGGGGAGGUGGUGGAGCUCCUCUUCCCGCCUGUGUCCCGGGGCCCCAGUGCAGACCUGGCCAACCCUGAAUACAGCAACUUCUGCUACUGGCGGGAGCCAGUGACCACGGUGGACCUCGAUGCCCUGGCCUGAACCUGCCCUGGCUGCCCCCUCUCCCUGGCCUGGCCCAGAACUGACUGGGUGUCCCAGGGCAUAGGGGGUUGGAAGCUGGGUGCCACAGGGCCAACUCACCGAAGGGGAAGAGGGGGCUGCAGGCUGGUUGGCAGCCACCGAGACCACCCCCCCAACCCUGCACCGUCCUAUCGCCUGCCUCUGACAGCUGCUCCAGGCCUCAGCAUGGCCCUGGCCUGUAGCAGUUAAAUGAUUGUCACCUGGGCCCUUGCAGGGUUCCCCAUGCCCUUGAUGUCUCUGUCCCUGUCACCUUGCCUCAACUCCUGAUAGGACAGACAGAAGAGGGAGGCCCCACUGAGGCCUGAGGCCUGUGUGCACAGGGCGGCAGCAGUGGGGAGGGGUUUGGUAGCAUCUGGGAAGAAGAUAAUGCUCCCCACUCCCUUUGGGGAGUCUAGACUGUGCCCUCUGAAGCCAGACCCUUCCCUAGCUCUGGCCCCUCCCCAUAGCUCUUGAGCUAGCCAUCACUGCUCUCCAUCGCUGGUACCUCAGCACAUCCCAAGCCCACAUAUGCAGUGCUCCUCCGACAUCUGGGGAGGGGGAUUCUGGGGCAGCUCGAGGGCAGAGGGAGUGUGGCUCCCACUUGGCCUAGCCUGUGCCCAGCUGCUGGCCCUGUUCCCCUCAUCACCAACCCUGCCAGGGUAGGGGGGGGUUGACACCCCUGCCUUUCCCUAGCCUUUGCCAGUCAAUUCAAUGCCCACACAGCUGCUGAGGGGCCUCCUGCCCAAGGAGCUGUGGGAAGCAGGGCUGACACCCCACGCAGCCCUCCCUCCCACUGUCUUUGGGGAAGAAAGUACCUUUAGACCGGCUAAAAGCUUUAAUCCAGGCCUGCCCUCCCCCAACAGCACAACGGUGGAGGGCAGAACACUACACGUCAAGAAACCAGAAGGCAGGGUUACAGGGACCUGCAAAGAGCACAGGAGGGCCUGUGCUGCUGUGGGGAAACUGAGGCCAAGAGCCUCAGCAGAGAUGGCAUCAGGGUUUCUGGGAACUGCAUGGGCUGGAUGAACACUUGCCCUUUCAGGUUGCCCCUUGGUGGCGUUAUACCUGAAUUUCUCACCACUUCAUGAACAUCCAGGCGGGACUGGGGUUUUACAAGGAUGUUGGAAACUCAGCCUGGAGCCCUUUCUCUCCAGCUGUGGCCUCCUGCCCAGGGUCUGGCCUCAUUCAGGCCAUGACAUACACGAUGACUGCUCUCUGGAGAGAGGCCCUAACCUGUGGGGGUGGAGUUACCCCCAAAUGGAAAGAAGAGGACUGUGUGGGGAGUACAGUGCCCUGACAACAUCUUUGGGGAGGGAAGGAAAAGCAUAAACUGGGGCAGGGUCUCCAAACAGAUGGCCUGGACCCCAUCCUUUCUUCUGGGUUCUAAAGCUGCCUAAGCCCUCACCCAAGGGGAGGAUCAAAAGGAAUAAAGAGCACUCUGAGCUGA